AUGGAUGAUAAUAGAUUGGUGCUUUGCAGCUACGAGGAGCCACGUGAUUGGGCUUUGAAGAAUGGCCAGAAAGUCUACUGCGACUCUGCUUUGAAAAUCACAAAAGAGGUUUUGGAGGAAAUUCUGAAACGGCAUCCGAGCGCACGGAAAUUGAGAGAUGAGGGGAAUAUCGUCCGGAUUCAAGAUGACGAUUUUGUAGUCGUGGAAGCGAACAAUACUCUUGCCGUUGAGUCCAUCAAAUUCUCUUCGAAGCGUCCCAGUGUGAUUUUUGUCGUUUGGCCUCUGAAUUUGAGUGAAUGGAACGCGGAUCGGACGAACAAAAGGGAGCCAAGAGUAUGGGUACAUCCGCGAAAGUACGUGAAAAAAUGGGAGACACGCAAGAAGAAGAGAGUAUAUAAGAGAAAGGCCAAAAAGGAGAAGUAUGAUGAGGAGCCAGCGCAAAAAGUUGCGAAGAAGAGCUCUGUUUCAACACAAAAGGAGGCUAACGAGGCGAAAAUGGAAUUGGAGAUCAAGGAAGUCGUGAGCAACAGUGUUCAGAAUCAGAAUGGAGAUCAGAUCAAAACCAACGGCAAUCUGGAGAGAGCAAAUCCAUCACAUCCAGCUGUUCCGGUGGCUCUGAUACCAGAUGUGGAUGAUAGAGACUGGAGUCGGAAUAUCUACAACGCUGUACUACCACCACCCGCCAACAAUGUCCUGCCAACAGCUCCAAUCACAUCCACGCCUAAACGGCCUGUUGGACGACCACCAAAAAAUAAAGACCGUAAAUCAGCACGAAAUGGAGCAAAUGGGCUUUCACAAGAACUCAAUGCCAAUAAUGGAAACAACACAUACGCUGCCCAACAAGCUCAAGCUCCAGGAUCUCCUGCAGUUCCAAAUCAAGCACUGAUGCAUCAAGAGCAGAUGAUGCAAGAAGAGCAAAAUCGUCGUACGCUAGCGGAACGUGCGCGAUACGAGCAGCUCCAAAAGCAAAAUGGUUUUGACUAUGGAGGACGGCCGGCAACAACACAGCAGCAGGAUUACCGUGUUUACCCACCUUUCACUAGCACUGCUAGCACAUCAAUGGGAGCUCAACAAGGGCUUGGAGGAUACACAUAUCCAGGACACUCGCAUUAUCAGCAAAAUGUGUCUACGAGCAAUGCAGCGGGAUACUUUGGAUGCAGUUCUUCAAAUACUCAAGCCGCCAGAUCAAGUGAUGUUCCAGCAGCUGCUAAUAUAACUGGACCAUCUAACGGAAUCGCAUCUCGUUCUUCUCCGAACGGAGCUGGCGCUGUUCCUGAAGCUGCUAAUUAUGGAGCAUACGCCGGAGGCUAUCCUGGGAUGAAUGUCUAUCCUACUGGCUACCCUGGAGCUAAUCAUGAGGCUUAUGGUGGAGUUUACCCCGGAUCUCCAACUCAUUUCUCUGGCAGACCAGGAUCAAAUCAAGCUACAAAUGGCUACCCUGGAUCCCAGACUCAUCUUGCUGCCCAACCAGGAUCCAACCAAGGAGCAAAUGCUUACGGUGGAGCCCCGACUCAUCUUGUUGCCCGUCCAGGAUCCAAUCAAGGAGCGGCUGCAUACCCAGGAUACGGUGCUUAUCCCGGAGCUCAUCCUCAAGCGUACACUGGAGCUCGUUACCUUGAACCAGCUCGUUACCCUGAACCUUAUCACGGGGUCGGAGCUUAUUAUGGAGGUUACCCAGCUGCCAAUCCAGGAGCAGCUGCCUAUCCCUAUCCAGCCGAUCCAGUCGUCAAUCCGGAUGCCAACCAUGGAGCCGCCAAUAACGCUGGAGCAUACGACGGAAGAAACAUUUGA